AUGCAGAUUUUAUCCCCCAAUACCAACAUUGAGGGUGUUGACACGGUCAACGCCUGUUACGGCGGCACCAACGCUUUGUUUAAUGCUAUCAACUGGGUUGAGUCCUCAGCUUGGGAUGGUCGUAAUGCUAUUGUUGUUGCCGGUGAUAUUGCCCUCUACAGCAAGGGAAAUGCCAGGCCUACUGGUGGAGCUGGCUGUAUUGCCAUGCUUGUUGGUCCCGACGCACCACUUGUCCUGGAGCCCGGAAAGAGGGGGAGUUACAUGUCCCAUGCCUAUGACUUCUACAAGCCAGAUUUCACGAGCGAGUAUCCCGUUGUAGAUGGUUACUACUCCAUUCGCUGUUACACUGAGGCUGUCGAUGGUUGCUACAAGGCGGUGCCAACGGCAGUGGUGUAGCCAACGGAAAUGGUGUUGCUAACGGAAAUGGCCAUGCCGCACCCAACGGUGGGAUCGACCGUUUUGAU